GCAGCGCUCAGGGGGCGGAGUUUCCGAUGGAAAGCGCGGGCGAUGGGAAUAACUACAUGGCACGCGGGGAAGAGGUAACGGGACUUUACUUACAGAGGCGCCAUUCUAAAAGUUUCGCUAUUUUGGAAGAGAACAUGGUGAUUGAAUAACCAGCAGUGGAAGCAAAAUUUUUAGACACGGAACAUUGUGAAAUUGUUGUUUGAAAAAUAGCAGCGGCUAACUUCGUGGGAGGAAAAACGAACAUCUAAAGGACGGGCACAACGGCACGCUGCAGCUGCAGGGCAACUAUACCGAACGCGUGCUGAUAAGUUGUGUGAGUUGUUAAGGGGUGAGCUCAAAUGGUGAGUCUUGUGCUAGUUAAAGAUGUUCAGAGAUUACACCUGUCAUAGUUGUGGUGUUUCUGUGAAAACCCUAAAAGGUUAUGUGCAUCAUCAAGAGCUACACAGAAAUGAGGCACCUUAUCAGUUUGUAUGUUGUAUACCAGGUUGCAAGUCUCACUUCAGAAAUUACAAUACUUUUAAGUGUCAUAUUUUCUGCCAUUAUCAGCAGUCAUCUUCUGUGUCACAGUGUGAACCUCUGCAGGGACCCUUUAUAUGUGAUCUUCCUAACUGUCAGAAGCAGCUGAUUGAUCUUAAAGAUCUUUUGUUUCACCAGAAAUCUCAUAUUUCAAAAAGAGAGGAGAUUCGUUGCCCGUUCAAAAACUGUGAUAACACUUUUUCAGUGAAAACAUCUUUUACAUCCCACCUAUCUAGGAAGCACAAACACGCUACAGCUCUGCAUAUCUCUAGGGCAUACUAUGCUUCAGUUCCUAGUGAGUCUCAGUCCUGUAUUGGUGAAAGCCUGUCAGAUGAAGCAGCAGUUGAUGAUGGACCUGAGGAGGAUAUACUGGACCCUGCACAAAUGAAAAGUUUAUAUAUGAGAAAUCUAUGCAUGUUUUACAUGAAGUUGCAGGGGAAGCACCUUCUCCCUUCCUCCACAGUACAGUUAAUUGUAGAAGAAAUUAACAGUCUCAGUGGAGUGUGCCAGCAGUACACAAAAAAACAACUGAAAUUAUCUCUUCAAGCAAAAACUGAACUAUCUGAGACAGAAAUUGAAGAUAUUUUGAAGAAUUUAGAUAAUGUUCAUGCAUCCUGUAGCCCUGCCCUUUCCACAGAGUACAAGAGAAACCAUUAUAUUGAGGAAAAUUUUCCCUAUGUGCAUCCUCAGUCCAUUUUUUUGGGGGGUUGAUGAAAACAGAAAUGAGCAAUAUGCUCAGUAUAUUCCCAUUAAAAAAAUACAUUAAAAGCUCUGCUGAACGAUCCUGCUGUGUGGAAAGAAUGUUGUAUAUAUGGGAAUGAGAGUACACAUCUUAUUUUAAACGAUGUGUGUGAUGGAUCGCUAUUCAAAUCCAAUCCUCUGUUUACAGAGCCAGUUGUCACCUUAAAGGUAAUACUUUAUCAAGAUGCAUUUGAGGUGGUUAAUCCCCUUGGCUCUGCAAAGAAAAAACACAAAAUGCUUGGGGUCUGCUUCACUCUAGCAAACUUUGAUCCUUUUCAUCGAUCCACUGUAGACAACUUGCAGCUUUUGCUUUUGUGCAGAGAAGCUGAUUUCAAACAUUUUGGCCAUGAGAAAGUGUUCUCUCCAGUGAUAUCAGAUCUUAAAGAACUGGAGACAAAUGGACUGAAUGCACAUGGAAACAUUGUGAAGGCAACAGUCUUUUGCAUUUCAGGGGAUAAUUUGGGUUCGCAUAAUAAUGGUGGGUUCACAGAAAACUUUAGUACAUGUCACUAUUUCUGCCGCAAUUGCCAUAUAACUAGAAGUGAGCUAGACAAUUUGGAACACCAGGCUCCAAUCCGCACAGUGCAAGACCACAAUGACACUGUUCAAGAAGUGCAAAAUGGUGAUGCACGUGAAGUCAGAGGUUUGAAAUUUAACUCUGUCUUUAAUUCUCUGGCAUUUUUUCAUGUCUGCCAGCUAGGCCUCCCACCCUGUAUUGGCCAUGAUUUGUUUGAGGGUGUAGUGGCAUCUGACCUUGCCGUUUACCUCAACUACUUUGUCAAGGUGAAGAAAUUCUUCACAUAUUCACAACUAAAUCGUAGGAUCAGGCAGUUUAGUUACCAAGGAUCUGACUGUAAUUCUACACCCUCAGAAGUUUCUGAAAAGGGUGUAAAACUAGGUGGCCAAGCAACAGAAAACUGGUGUCUGCUGCGGCUUCUACCUGUUAUAAUCGGUGAAAAGAUAACCGAUACAGAGAAUCAGGCAUGGCAGCUGACUGUCCAACUGAAAGAGGUAGUGGAAUUGAUUUGUGCCCCUAAAAUAUCAGUACCUCAGGUUGCUUUGCUCAAUGUUCAGAUCCGUGACUAUCUAGAGGGAAAGGAAAGAGUUGUUUCCUACACACAAACUGAAACCAAAGCAUCAUUACCUCACUCAUUACCCUGCAUUGAUACUGAAAUUUGGCCCACUAAUGCGGUUAUGGACAAUGCGGUUCGAAAGCAAGCAUUCAUACUUCAAAAGAUGUGUGCGAAGAAAACAAAAUUUCAAAAAUGUAUGUCAAACACUCGCCAGGAACCACCAGUUGCUACAAGCAUACCUACAUUCAGGUUCCUUUUUUGCACCUUUAUUGGUGGUGAAGAACUCCACUCCUUUCCAUGCUGAACUGUACAGUAAUGCAGUGCGUACUGCUGUAGGACCAACCUUGGUCAAGGAACCCAAUACUGUGGCAACUACAGAGGUACAGUGGAAAGGCACUGUGCACAAAAAGGGGCUCUUUAUCUGUUUCAGCCAAGGCAAGUCAACUGAAUUUGGACAAAUUGAACUGGUGAAGGAGGAGAAGCAUGUGUACUUCAUUAAUACACCUCAUGAUGUGUCAUAUUUGCCAGAGUUUGGUCUAUAUGAAGUGAAAGAGGCAAGGCCGAGCAUGAAGUGCAGAAAAGCAGAACUCAGUGUGGAUUAUUAUCAUUACCUCUGUACAAGCUUUUUGGGACAAGAGUCAUUUCACUGAAACAUAGCAUUGUUGACACACAGUAAAUGGAAAGAAAGUAAAGAUCAUUCCAGACUAUACACCUCUGUCAGAAUACUAGUACCCUAUUUUACAUUUUUUUUUUUUUUUUUUUUUUAAAAAACCAAGACACACUAGGUUAAAUAUAUAAGGAGCUAGUGAGAUUGUACAAAGAUUCGACCUUUUGACUCCACCCCAACACAAUCUCAAAAGAAAAGCGUAACUUGCGAAACUUGGUAAGUAAACUGCAGUAAAUACACCAAUGUAUGAGCAAUAUCAGUGAGGGUUGGACUUCCCCAGAGAUCUGGAAAUUUAACACUGGUUUAUGAUAAUAAAAUUUAUAGCAUUUACCUUAAAAUGACUGUAUGGGCUAGAGUAAUUCAAGUCCCUUUUUCCACUAAUAGUCACUUGAGUUAUACAUAAAAACAAUGAUGUGAGAAACUAAACUGUCAGUCUCAUCUCUCCUGUAUAGUCAUGGAUCGAGGGAGUGCUCUUGCUUCUUUUAUUAAAUCAACUCUUCCAAAACUAACGGAACUUGAGCCUUUGCUUGAGGUUCUUCAGGAAUUAGGAGUCCAGGACCUAGAGGACUUGAACUACAUCCAAGAGAGAGACCUUCUUCAUGUCUUAAAGCCAGUGGAAGUGAGGAGAAUUCUUUCACACUUCAAAACCACAAGCCAAAGAGAUGUUAGACAGUCUUCCCAGAAACCAGCUGUUCUCAGAUACAGUCCUCAAACACAGCCUGACAAAAUGUCCCUUUCUGCCUAAUUCCCCCCCCCCAGGUGGCUACAACUCUCCAAGUUCAAACUCGCCGAUAUCAACAUCUAGUUUCAUCUGGAUUUCACACCUUCUCAACUGUAUGACAACAGCUGGCAUUUCAGAUUUGAAAUUCCUUGGAAGAAGAUGCCAUCUGCCAUCAUCAGAAAGCUGAAAACAGGGAAGCGACCAACAAAAAGUGAGACUUCAAAUAAUUCGACUGAUUGUUAGUGAAACCUUAACAAUAUGCCCAACACCUGGGAAGAAACACAUAAGUGAGAUUGCAAGAAAGAUGGUAAAGGCGUAUCCUGUGGCAUUCAGAGAUGUCAUUGAAGGUGAAAUUGUAGGCAGUGGGUAUGAUUCAAUCACAAAACAAAUGAUGAGCAGAGUGGAUAACUUGAGGAGAGGAACCACUUCACUUUUCUUGAAAAGACAAGCCACUGGCACCAGUGAAGGAGAGGAUACUCCACCCAGGAGGAGAAGACUAGACACCUACGGAUGUAUAAACUGGCAACCAGUGCAGCUACCACCUGAUGAAACACCUGAAUCUCAAAAAGAUGCACAAGAACAGUUAAAGAAAAUGUACAAAGAAAGAUGCCAUGACAUCAAGCUUAUUGAGAAUAUGACGAGGGCCACCUUCUUCACUCAGAGAAAAGACAUUAUCAGUGGAAUUGAGACAUCUGAUUUGACAAAGGAAUGGCCAUAUUUAUUUGAGACAGUUGGCAUGAGGACACAUUUUAAAGAGCUUACAGGCCUGGACAUUGAUGACAAAGCCAUAGCAAAUAAAUGUGCCAGAGUUGUUUCAUACCUCAAGUCUAGUGACAAGACAGGGAAGAUGGAAACCGUCUUCAGAGAAAUGGAAAGAUCAAGCAAAAAUAUUGCAGAUGUCAAUGCUGCUGGGUUCCUUUAACUACUUCUCAAGCAUUUCAGUGAGGAGGAGGAUCAGACGUUCUUUAAAGUGGAUAAAACAACUCUGCCAUCUGAAGUGAACUGUGCUGAACUUCCAAGUACGCCUUGCAUAGUUGUGUGUGGUACGUUUAAUGGUUUUUUUUGUUUUUUUUUUAAACUAUACUAUUAUUCUAUUGGUCUUUAAAGGGGUAGUUAUGCUCUGACAUAUGAUGGCAUGAGUUAAUGACAUUCAUGCAAAAUGAAUGUAUGAUGAGCUCAGGCUACAGGCAUGCAGAUAAAAUAUUUCAGUGAGCCAGCAGCUUGCCAGACAGCAGCAAAUGAUGUAACACAGUUUUCUCUUUGAAGUAUGGCCGGUUAAAGAUUUGAAUUUGGACUUCUGGGCUGGACUGUGGUGUGACUGGUUGGUUGAACUGGUUUGAUGUCACUGGUGGCUUUUCUUAGUAUGGGUUUAGACUGCUUAUUCAUUGAAAAUGUGUUUGUUUAAAUUUAAGCUGGUAAGAGAUUUAUGUCUAUAAUUUAAUGUCUGUAAUUUGAUCAAUUUUAUUAAUAUGCUGAUCAGUCCAUAAUUCAUAUCACUGUAUGUAAAAAAAAAAAAAAAAAAAAAAAAUCCUUUUGUUAUAUGUAUUGGACAAUAAUGCUUACAUAACCAUUUAGGUGAAGGUUGAUGGGUUUUUCGAUAUACAGUUCAGUUUGUAAAGUAAAAUUACAUUUAAUAAUUGUUGGACUUGAUGGUCUUUGGGCUCAAGUUUGUCACAAAGUAACAGUUUCCUCUCUUCUGUAUGUGUACACCAGGAACUUUUGGAAGCAGAGUACUUCGUUUAGUAAUCAAGCUAAAAAUUAAACAG